UAUAAUUACCCCAACCCCUUUUCAUUUGCUCUCCCUCAAAAACCUUCGGCGAUUAAUUAGCGAUUAUCUCAGAGAGUCUCUUCUAGGGUUUUAAUGGGAGGCGGCGUGAUGAGGACGGCGGCGAAGGUGGCCGGGAUCGGCAGCGUCAUGCAGGGCGGGAUCCGGGGAUCGCCGGCGGUGCCGUCGUCCGGGAAGUCGAUGCGGACGGCCUCGAUCCCCGUCGCGGCGGGGGUAUCGGCGCAGAGCUUGAAGGGGAGUGACGCCGGGGUGAUCGAGAAGCAGCGGGUGGAGGCGACGGUGGAUGAUUUUGUGGACUGGCAAGUCGUCGGCGGCGAAGAUGAGUUGGUGAUGUCAGCAGGCGAGCCGAUGCCGAGGGUUGUGUUCGGCGCCGCGCCGAGCUUCAAGGAGGCCAAAGAGGCCACCGCUGAGUUGAAAGAUGCUCUCGAUAAGGCAUACUUAUCUUCACCCAAAAUUACUGAGCUGGAAGACCCGACUGCUGCUGACAAGGUGUCUGGGCAGUCUCUGUUUUCAAACCCUGGAGCCGAAACAGAAUCUGUUCUUGUAACUAGGACUUCAGUGCCACAACAUGCUUAUAAGGCAUUUGAACUGCUGAGUCGAAGUCCUGAGGCUCAGAAUGUUGUUGCUUCAAUUGCAAGUGACCCGAAUGUCUGGAAUGCUAUGAUUGAAAACUCUGCUGUCAAACAAUUCAUGGAGUCUCAAAAAAACUUAAACCAGGAUCCUUAUGACUCCGCUUCAGAUUCUGAGGUUUUCAAUCCUGUAUCUUCAAAGGAGGUCAAGGAGGAAUUUGAUUCAAGCCAAUCUUUUGACUUGGAACAUCUGUUCAAUGGUUUUGUGGAUAAAGUCAAGCUUACCGUCAAUACCAUUGUCAGCAAUUUGUCGACAUACAUUCAGAACAUUUUCGAACCCCCUGCAGAUGACAAUGGCGACAAUGGCUCUCCCAGAACUGUUAUAGCAUCUGGGUUCAUGGGACUGGCAAUUAUGGUUGUAAUGGUGGUUUUGCUGAAGCGUGCCUAAAGCUUCAUCGCUCUGCACAUGAAUCAUCUGAAAAAGCAAUCCGGAAAUGCUUCUCGCUGCAUGAAUGUUUAAUAAAUAAGAUCGAGUUUUCCUUCUUAAUAUCCUUUGGCAGUACUUUUAGAGGAUUUUGCAUGUGAUUAUGUAUGACAUGUUUGUACAGCUUAUUUCUCAAACGUAACUUGGGCAAAUCUUAAUUUGCCAAAUACAUUGAUGCUGCUUUAUUUGUAUUGAUGCUGCUUUAUUUGUAUUGUGUUUCAACAGCAACUGUCCGUUUGAUCCUU